GAGAGAGAGAGAGAGAGAGAGAGAAACACACAGGGGGAGAGAGAGAGAGAGAGAGAGAGAGCGAGCGAGCGGCAACCGUCUCCCGUUUUGUUGCACGAGGAGUCGCGAGGAGCCUCAGAUGACAGACAGACAGCAGAUCUGCUGCCUCACUGACUGCGACACCUGAACAAUCACCAAACAGCACCGACACCAAACCAAUGAAGGAGAGCCAACUGUAGGCGAGGAGGAGCAGGAGGACCGGAUCCUUACCUAAAAAAUAAAGAAGAAAAAGAAUAAGAAGAACAGGAGAGGAAAGCGGGGGCAGGCAGCAGUCAGCCGGCUGGCCGGGACACGGAGCCGUCCAGGAGGAGAAAUCACAGUCACAUCACAUCACAGCUCCGAGAUGACAAAGUCCCAGUGAAGCAGAUAGAGAUGUCGCAGAAGAAGAUAUUCCUGGUCUUUAUCGCCAUCAGUACUGUCAGUCUUCUGCUGCACCAUGGGGGCCACUUGAGCUGGACCAUGGAGGCCUUCCACCUUGGUUGUCCUGCCCUCCGUUCCCACCCUGCCCCAGGCCUGAAACCUAAGCACACCAAUGUGGCCUUCCUCAAGACACACAAAACGGCCAGCACCACCAUGCAGAACCUGCUUUUUCGCUUCGCAGAGCGCAACAACCUCACAGUGGCGUUGCCCAUGCAGGCCUGCAGCCACCAGUUCUGCUACCCACGCUCCUUCACCUCUCACUUUGUCCACCCACACACGCUACCGCCAAACAUCAUCACCAGCCACAUGCGCUUCAACAAGGCAGAACUGCAGCGCCUGAUGCCCAACGACACAAUAUAUAUCACAAUCCUGAGAGAACCCGGCUCCAUGUUUGAAUCCUUGUUCAGUUACUACAACCAGUACUGUCAGAGCUUCAAGAGGGUACCCAAUGGUUCCCUGGAGGCUUUCUUAGAGGAGCCCUGGCGCUACUACCGACAAGAUGAGAAGGACUCCAUGUAUGCACGCAACACCUUGACCUUCGACUUGGGCGGAGACAAGGAUCGCACAGCAACAGAUGUGGCAUAUGCGCGGACCUUUCUGACAGAGGUGGAGCGCGUUUUCUCCCUGGUGAUGAUUGCUGAGUACUUUGAUGAGUCACUGGUUCUCCUUCGCCAUCUCCUCUCCUGGGAUCUGGAUGACAUUCUGUAUGUUAAACUCAACAUGCGGACGCCAAGCUCAAAGCGGAGCCUGACACCGGUACUUUCUGCAAAGAUCCGUGCCUGGAAUUCUGUAGAUGCACAUCUCUAUGACCACUUCAAUGCCUCAUUGUGGCGCCAGCUGUCAGUUCUGGGUCCAGCAUGUGUGGCAAGGGAGGUGCGACUCCUUCGGCGAGCCCAGGAGAGGCUAAUGAGAAGCUGCUUCGGUGGGCGGAUGCCACUUCUCCGCUCAGCCGCGCAGAUCAAAAACAAGGAUCUCCGUCCCUGGCAGCCUAGUGGAAAAGUCGACAUUGUGGGUUACGACCUCCCGGUAAAUCUGACCCGUGGGUUCUCGAGCCAGGCCCAGGAGCUCUGCCUCAAGCUCAUCAUGCCAGAGGUCCAGUACACAAGGGUGCUUCUACGUUCCCAAUCACUGCACUACCGUCGAGGCUACCAGCUCCGGCCUCCACAGCAGUCUCAUCCCCUCCAGCAGCCAAUACGCGCAGUCCUGCCACGACAUCCUCAAGUGCAACGCAGCCAACCACCCCCUGCAGCCCCUGGCCCUGCAUCAGGAACAGGGUCCACCUCCACCUCAAAGCCUGCUGCAAGUACUCAAGGUUGGACCACAAAGUUAGGGCCUAAAUCCUCACAGACCCAGGACUCAUAGACUGAAAAUAGAGACUUGAAUAUAAUCUGAGUGCCCAACAGACUGCAUUGUUCUACCCAUCUUGACCCUUGAGACAAUGGUGUUUGGUUGGUGGGGGGUGUUGGAAACAAGGGCAUCCUUGGGAAAAAGUCUGUCCAUUCCAGACAGAGUUUCUGUAAAAAAUAAAUGAGGAAAAAGGAGGGAAAGAGGCUUAGACAUAUCUGGACUUUAACAUGAAUCUCUCCUCUCUGGUCUGUGAAACAGUAUCAGGGUUGGCAGAAACAAGGGUGGGAGAAAUCUACACUAGGACUCCACUCAGUUGCACGCCUCAACAUGCCUGACCACAGCGGAUGGGAGAGGGUUUUAGUGAAAGUGGGUCUUUGAAGCAAAUCUGUUAUGUGCGACCAGGACUCAGUAGGGAAGUGGCGAUAUCAGGCCUAUUGUGAGGCACAGAGUAGGCAUUGUGUGUAUCACACUGGUAUAGUAUCAUGUUACUUGCUUUCAUUCUCUAUUUCUCUCUCUCUCUCUCUUUCUCUCUCUCUCCCUAACAUAUGCCAUUUAAAGUCCUUGAGAGAGACAUAAUGACAUAAAGAGAUCAGCUGUCAGGCUUCCAAAGAGUCUCCUUAGAGGCCAGACAGACAUUGAGAUCACCUGCAACCAUUAAUACAACAUCACAAUCAACGACUCUCCUCUUCUUCUUCUCUUACAAACUCUAGAGCCUAAAGCACUGGAGGGAGGGGGGUUAAAAAGCCAGAUAGACAGAGAAAGAGAGAGACCUUAUCCAGAGGGUAAGCUUAAACACUGCUGGAUACUCAAUGUGGCCACCCAUUAUCGCUAUGACUCACACAGAGACUGAACACACACAUAAAGCCUGUGUCCCUUCAGUCUUUGACCUCUCUGGCUUCCUCCCUGCAUCCUUCUCGCCAUCCUCCAUCCUCUCAUCCCUGCUGCUGCCCUCUGGCCAGGCUCUCAAUCCAGAGAGCAGCACUGACAUCUUGCUUUCUUCAACCCGGUUCAACUCUGAUUGCAGCCUCCCUCUGACUAACAACUGAGAUCGCAUCUUGCAUCGUAGAGACUUUACGUUGAAGACAAGGUUUCUGGAUGUCGGGUUUUAUUUUAAUCUUGGGCGUUAUUGCAAUAAGAUCUCCAGGUCUACAUUCUAUAUGAAAGGCAUGGAUUUUAUAACAUACCAGCAACCCCACACCGCACACAUUGGCACAAGCAAAAACAUAAAACAACUUGACAGGACAAAGACCUGAAGCCUGUGGGUCGCAGUGUUUGAAUAUUUAAUCGUCAACUCUCACAGCCAUCCUAUGGCCCAUGUUCUUGGGUUACAUGGCCAUACAUUUUCAUUAAGAAUACAAGGACCAGGCAAAAGCUGCUCAUUCUGAACCUGGAAGCGCAGGAGGACAAAGUGAGAGCAUCAACGUAUGGUGCUUUAAGCCUUGCAAGGCUGGUGGGCCGGCUGGGUUGGCUGGGAUCUUAAAAUGUCAUCACUUAUCUCAGCUGUGAUCCCUUUUUAAUGCAUUCUGCUCAUAUUUAAUCUGUCAUUUGUGUUCUUUUAUUCCUCCAGCAGGGUACUGCUAAGUAACUGGGGGGCAGAGGAAGGAUGUCUGUGUGUAUUUGUGUGAGUCUGUGAAAGUGUGUGUGUGAGCCAGGAAGUGCUUCUGCUUCAUGUUGUGAUUUUUUUCCAUGGCCAGCCAAGUUGGCAUAGCAACAAAAGGAAGUAAUGUGUGUGAGAUUUAUUAAAACUAUAUAUUAUUUAUUAUCAGGACUUGGAAGAGUCCCAUUACUGUAUUUUUAACUGUUAUUUUUCACAAAUCACUGGAUAAAAACUCGAGUGAGUGGAACCUCAUAUGUUCAGCAUAACACUUCAGGCAACAGAUAUGGAACAAGGCAUGUGGCAAUGAUAUAAAAAAUUCAUUCUACACAUGUUUUGCAUAAUGCAAUUUUACAAAGACCAUGACUGAAAACCUCACAUUGAAACAAGUGUAUUUGCUUUAAAAUGAAUCUUUCAUACAGCAGCUUAAGUGCUCAACCACACAAUGCUUUUGUGGUUGGAGUCUGUCACACUGUAGGUAACAAUAAUGAAAAACACACAAACUGCUGCUGCUCAGACAGGAAUAAAGAAUGGAGCAGGUGGAAAACAGACCUGAGUAGAGGAUAAACAGUUUUAUGAAGUGGCUGUGAAUAUUUAAAUUCAAAGUGUGCUUAUCUGAACUUACUGGGAAACCUCAGCUUUGAAAGCAGGAGAUGCACAGCAGUUUAUUUACUUACAGGUAUUUGAAAUGUGAAGAUAUGUGGAGUAUUUCUACAUACACUUGAAAAAAGUUAUCUUUAAAAGAUAAAGCUGCCGUUUUUCUGAAUUUUUCUUACUGUCAACAACGAUAAGACCAAAACCAACAAUGUGUAAGUCCAUUUGCCAGCUUGUCUGUGGUACAUUGAUUCCUGCUGAAGACAUAAAUCUUUAAAAACGGGUCACAAAUAUAUAGUUGCUUUUGUUUUUUAAAGGCUCAGUAAUUUCCUAAAACAGCUGGGCACUGUAGUUUUUAGCAAGUGUUACUCAAACAGAAGUAAAUUGUGCAUUUGUUGGGGACUAUUUUCAGGUGAAGAUGAAUACACAUUUAGUGCACUAGUGACAGUGUAUGUGUUACAGAAAAGACAGGUAGGAAACACAGAGAUGGAAUCAGAAUGUUCUUUAUUGGAUUAUUGCCAGAUAUUGUAGGUAUGGAGAGAGGGAAAGACUCGCUGGAGAAGGGCAAAUAGGUGUAAUCCCGAGUAGCGUGGAGAGUUCUAGUCACGAAUGAGGUCAGACACAUACUGAGGUGAGUGCAGGGCUUAUAUGCUGGCAGGGCUUAUAUGAUUGGGAUCUAAUGGGGAGCAGGAGUGUUAUUGGGAGCAGGUGUGGGUGAUUAGUGGAUGGUGGAGCCUGGCGUAUCUGUGACAGUAUGUAGGACUGACUCAAAAUAAACUACAGUGCCCCUGUUCAUCGUAAUGAUGGAACAUGUCAGCCAGUGCACCAGUGUGACACAUUGAUUGUGUGGUGAUUGAGUGAAGUCUAUGUGACAGAGCAAUAAGCUAUAUCAGGCUUUAACCACACAGCCAAUACUUGUUAGGAUAAAUUAAUUGUUGGGUUUGGUCUUUUCAUGGGAUUUGUUGACAGUCGGAGAAAUAUGGAAUAUCACCAGCUUUAUACUUUAAAUCAGUUUGCUGAUGAUGCUGAUCCUCAAAUAUAUUUGAGCUGCUACAUGUAAAAGAAAGCUGCUACAUGUAAAAGAAAGCAUUUUGUCUUUGAAUGAAAUUCCUGAUUUGCUUCAACCUGCUGUAAAAUAACUAGAAAACACUGAAUUGGCCUGCGUUUGUCUUUCACAAAUUAAGCAUUUAUGGAGUCCCAAAGUGUCCAAUAUUAAACAAACAAGGCUAUAAAAUAUACAAUCAUGUGAAUAAAUACAGUCCAAACUAAUAAAAUUGUGAGAUAAUCCAAUAGUUUUAAAACUCGGAGGUUCAUUUUUAUUGUUACUAUUACGGUUUCAAAUGUUCCAAACAUUUUUCCGAAGUGACCGUUUCAUAAUGCCACUUUUCACCACAAUAAUUUUUUUGCCAACCAAGACAAACAGGGCAAAGGCAGCUUUUUAAACACACUUCGGAAAAGGAACAUUUUGGAAUAAAAACAGUUGGAAUGAAGUCAAAAUUACCAGAAACAAACUGGGAAAUAAAGCAGGAUGAAAUAGCAUUUUAUAAGAAAGAGCUGAGUUGUGUGACAUUGUGUUGGAUUAUUUCACAAUUUCAUGGCUAUAUUACAGAUUUUGUCUGCAUUUUCUGAUGUGAUAAUUUAUUUCAUAAUGUCUUAUAUAUUCAUUUAAUUUUGAACACUUUGGGUCUCCAUAAGCAUUGGCACACAUUUAGAUAUUUAACCUUAAGGUUAAGUUCAUGUACUAUCAAUACUCGCAUAAAGGGUAUAAUAAACUAAUGCUCAAAUGCAUUCCUGUUGUA